CGCCUUUACCACGGUCAGUCAACACGCGGAGAUCGCACGCUAAACCGGCCAGUGUUCGAUAAAAAAAACUUUUUUAAAUCAGUGAUAAUCAAACACACAGCCAUGGCAGACGAUGAAUACCAACACAUAGUGACUAGAGUAGAAGCAAUAACGGAACAAGAUGAUAGGCAUUUAGCUGGUGCAACGAAAGAAAUAAGAAAUGAUUUAACCGUUAUUAUACCAGAAAAUCCGUUUCCAGAUAUCGAAGUCGAUGCGUAUCCACCUCUCAAGUUUUCAUGGGUCAUUCCCAAAAAAAUUUCGGCUAUGGCCUUUCCUAGGAACAAGGAGAAUUUAAAAUUCUUAGUAAAUCAAGGAAUAACGCAUUUGGUGACAUUAACAGCUGGAAAAAAACCUCCUGUAGAUGAUAUUCCUAGACUGAAGUGGACAGAAGUACCUAUUGAAGAGUUCGAGUUGCCGUCAGUUGAACAAAUUAAGAAGUUCAUGGAUGUAUGCAAAAGGGCUGAUAAAAAUGGAGAGGUAUUGGGGAUCCAUUGCCGGCAGGGUCGGAGCAGGUCCGGCGUGAUGCUGGCUUGCUACUUGGUACACUUCCACCGUUUCCUACCAGAUCAAGCUGUUAAUGCUAUCAGAAUGAUAAGACCUGGGUCAUGUGACUUUCCUGAGCACGAGGAAGCUGUGGGUAAAUAUUUCGAGUAUCUCACUGAGGACAACCCUCUAAAAUUCGGCGUCGGUGGAGAUGUCAUGGAGGAGUUCAUUGACGCCGCAAAAGAAGCCACGAAGAAAGUUCUUAAUUAAUGUUUUUGUUAUCUGUGAUCCAAUGUACCUGAUGAGAUUGUCUUUUUGUUUUAAUUAGGUAUUAUUAAACGAAUACAUACACAAACAAUAUAUAAA